AAACAAGGAAGAGUAUUUUAUUAAUCAUAAGCUUGAAGCACUCUAAACCCUGCCUUAACCUACCGGCAAUCGUUCUGUAGUCUUAAACUUCCGCUGAAUUUACACUGUGAAUGUGGGUUGAUAUUUUUGUACAGUUGUUUGCUGUUUAGAUAUGUUUUUAAAAUUGAUUAUCGCAAUAACUAUACUAGCCUAUAUACUAUACUCUCUAUAGGCUACUAUAACAUUUUCUCUUCUUAUUCAUUUAAAAAGAAUUAAUAAAUAAAUAACAGGCCUAGGCGCGCCAUUUACAAUCAAAUGAAUUCAAUAAAAAAAUGUUUAAUCCAUUUAAUUUAAGGAAGCACAUCAUAUCAAUAUUAUUCCUAAGACUUUAUUUUUAUCACUAAAACUUGGACAUAACAUUUUAAGUUUAAGGAACAACAAAAUUUAUUAUUAUAUUAAUAUUAUAUAGUAAUAAGCCUAUUCACAUAUUCAUGUGUAUCACAAUACAAGGUUGCCUCACUGUCAGUCUUGUUUAGUUUGAGUCACACAGUUUUCAAAUACACUACACUACACAUCAGACUGAUCAGACUCAGUGCAGCUCAAAAUUAAAUCUAACAUUUAGUAUUUACAGUUAGAACAGUUACUUUGUUAUUGGACUUUGACUUAUCACUGGGUAGCCAUAUGGUCAAAUAGUCCAAACUUAGUGUCAUAAUGUCCCUAUUUGUGGACUGGAGUUCAAUCCACAGUGGCUCAAACAUAGAAAAACAAUGAGCAAUGGGUGGAUCGGACUCGCUAACCAUGGAUGACAACUUAUCUAAGAGAAGACAAACUCUGAAAUCUGAUGGAGUGCCAUAAGUGGUACAAUGAAAAUUUCCAACAACUCCUGCAUUAUGUAACGCUUUAAGAGCACAGUCAAACACACAAAAAACACUGCUGGUCAUCUAAAGCAUCCUGCUCUAUUUCCAGUCAUCUUGACGAAGUCUUGCCAUUGGAAUAAAAUUUAAACAGACAAGGAUGAGAGAGUGAGGCUGAGUCAAGGCUACUACUCAAGCCUUGGUCAUCUUUGCUUGUGAAGGACAAACAUUACUUGGCCUUAAAUAAAAUUAAAAAUAAGUGUCCAUCAUUGAAUAUGAAUGGAGAAUAUGAACCAACGAGGAAUUGUACUGUCUAUAUCAACGUCCCAUGCUAGUAACAGAAAUAAAAAAGUGUAGGUUACAAUGGGCAGGACACUUAGAAAGAAUGCCAAAACACAGAGAAGUGAAGAGGGUAUAUCACCAAAACCCCAGAUGGAAAAUGGCUCAAAGGCAGACCUUUAGAUUAGAUGGAUGGAUAAUUUUUAAAAAGAGCUACAGCAGCUAAGAAUCCAAGCAUGGAAAAGAAAAGCAUUAAUUACGUCUGAGUGGAUUGAAGUAGCGAGACAGGCCAUGAUUGAAAUAGUGAGACAGGUUAAAGCCCUACAUGGGCUGCAGUACCACAGGGAUGGUUGGAUGUCCGCCACAACUGCUAACUGCUAUUCUUUUGACUAUUAAUAAUUAUUAUGAUUUCAGUGAAUAUUUCAAAGAAUAGGCUGCUAUCAUAUCCAAUCUAAUUCAUUUUUUUUUUGGUGUAAAUUUUAGUUUCAUUAUUGCUAUUUUUAAGCUUUGGUGAAUAAUUAUCUAUUUACCUUCAAAGCCAUAUUUAAAUUUUAAAAAUUUUAAAUAAAACUCAAUAUAGGAAUACCAUGUAACCAUGUAAAAUAGAAGGAAAUCACCAUUAUUUUCCAUUCCAUGACUGGGGUUUCUCAUUUCCCAGGGUUUCUCUUGCCAUAUCCUGGGAAAACGGGAUAAAAUAUAGAUCCAAAUGGUAAUAUUUCUGAAUCCCUUUUUUUCAGAGAAAAAUGCCAGGCUUAAGUGACCUUCAAAAUGCAUAUGCUAACAGCAUAAAAUCAUUAAAUGUAAGUUCUAAUUGUAGCUUUCAUUAAAUUAUGUUCAGUUUUAUAAAAUAUUCACUGAAAAAUUCAGAGAAGAAAACAGUUUAUUAUUUUUAAUUUUUUUUUAUAUAAAAUGAAUUAUAAUGAAUUGAAGGAAAAGAUAAAAUUAAGAUAAAGUAAAAUAACAAUGCCUUAUUCCAUUCAAGAUUUUAUGUGUCAAUAUUUUUGCCAAAAGUUACGUCCGCUUAUCUAUCAUUAUGUUUAUAUAUAUAUGACUAUUUUUUUAUUUAUUACUGUUAUUCUAAUAAUUCUAUAGCUGUGCCAAGAAUUUAUUUUAUGAAUAUCAGAAUUAUGCUCUAAAAGGGCUGUUAGGAUGGGGAGUUUUCCCCAAUAAGUCCAUCAAUACAGCCUAAAUAGCCUUUAGAUAGAAGAUAUUAAUAAACUGAUUUUAUUGUUGUUCAUUGCAGAGAAAUACUGGAAAAGCUAAACAAGAAGAGAAAAAAGAUGAUGAGCUAACAGCUUGGAAAAAUAUUUCUCCUAACCCAGAGACAUCUUUGAGGAAACCAGAAUUUCCUAUGACUUUCAAUAUGCUUUUGAUGUCAUUUUUAUUUUGGAUCACUUUUAUGAUACUGAUCUACCAAAGCAUAAAAUAUGGGAAAAUAUAUUCAAGAAUAACCCAAGAAGCCGACUUAAAAAUUGAGUGUAGAGACACUUUUGGUACAAAGGAUGAAAAUGCAAAAAGGGUUUGUAUUUUUCAUAAUUGCUCAUACAGCCUUUUAAAGACAUAAAAAGUUUGGUUCAAGAGUUUAAAAAAUUUUAAAAAAAGCUACUAACACAUAACACUAUGGAAUUAAUAAUGCCAGGUGUUGUUUUGUCCCAAAAAAAUUAAAUUUUUUUCUUUUCUCACAUCAUUUAAUUUAAUGUUUUUGGUCUCUUUCCUCAAGGUACAAUAGUCCAUCUAUUUAAUUUCUAAAAUCUUUCUCUCCUCAGGCUUUUUGAAGAUAAUCCUUUUAAUUCGUGAUUCAACUUUUUAAUGUUUUUCAGUGGCCUGCUUUACAGAAUUAUAUACUCACUUUAUAUCAUAUUCAAAUGCAUUAGCUCCUCCACAUAUAUAAAUAAUUGAAAUAUUGCAUCGAUUUGAAGUUCCUGAUUAAGGUAAUUGUUAUCAUGCAGAAUUGAAAUUGCUUCUUUCCAUUAAGUAGUGUUUUAUUAAACAUCUGAAAUGUCUCAACAGGUUGAAAAUUACUCUGUUGGCGAUGCCGGCCCCUACCUUCAUAGAUUGAAACCUGUUGCAAAAGAAGAUUUUCCAGUAGAGUCCAAAGUAUUGCCUCCAGUUGUGACUGCAAUAAAUUCUGACCAAUUCUAUCAGGUCAGGAGAUAUAACUUAAGUUUUUUUUUAAAAAGAGGUUUAUGCUGUGAUAAAUCAUAUGUAUGCACAAUCUAGUGUUAUCAAUCAAAAGGAGACCAUUAACGCAUAUUUUCAUACUAUUUGAUAUUACUAAACACUAGUUUUACAGAAGAUUUGGAGGAGAUAAAAGGGUUGAAAGAUUUCCCUGGUUCCUAUUUUUUCCAAACUAUUUCAGAUUUGUAUAUAAAUAUAUAUUGUCUCAACUGUAUUUUUUAUCUCAAACUUAAAAAGGUCCAAUCACUAACACUACUAUAUGAACCAAUAGUCUACCAUUCACCUAGAUUUAAAUAAAAUGGUGCAAAAUUAAAUUAGCAAAAUCUAGAAAAUGAAAAACAAGACUUAAAAUUAAACUUAAAAUUAAACUUAAAAUUAUUUGUGGUGAAUUUCUGUGAAUUUUUUUCUUAGUUUCAAGGCCUGGUAAAUCACAUAAUGGAGGAUAUGCACACCUCCAUUUCUGACAUCAAGUUAAUUGUCUAUGAUAUUGGCCUUUAUAGACGAGAAAGAGAACUGGUUCGUAUUGCUCUCAAUGUUUCUUUUUAUCAUAACACUAGCUGAACUUAACCUAUCAACACAUUUCAGGAGAUAUUUCCGUUAAAAAAGUGUUUCCAGAUUCAGUGCUAAAUUAGUCAUUAAAGUUAAAAUGUUAUAAAUUUUAGCAUUAUUAAUUUGAUUUCUAAAUUGAAAAAAUAUAAAUUAAAAAAUUAAUCUCCCCUUUUUUAAAAAUUUGUAUAUUUUCAUUUUCAGGUUGAAAAAUAUUGCCACUGUGAAGUUAGAGAUUUCCUUUUUGAACACUACCCUAGUCACGUUGCAGACAUUUCCAAUUAUGCUUGGAGGCCAAUUAUGCUUCAAAUUUUGCUUGAGGAGUUUGGAGCGGUUUUUUAUGUUGAACCAACAACAAGAUUCAAAAAUCCAUCGUCAGCAAAUUUCCUUCGUAUGAGGGGCUCUAAGAAUUACUUUCUGUGGGACUCACCAAUAUUUAAAUCUUUAAUAGCAUACACUGAUAAGGAGAUGUUUGAGUACUUUGGUGAAAGCAGGUGUGCUUUUCGAGAGAGCAGUCUACUGCUCCCAGAGGCUCUCGCCUUGUACAGGACUGAAGCUACCUGGAACAAGCUAAUGAAACCAUGGCUAAAAUGUGCUUUAAAUGAGAACUGCAUAUCUCCAAAAAAUGCUGUAUAUUCAGGCUGUUUUGAAAUGCGGCAUCCACAUACCACAGGAUGCCAUCGCUAUGACAUGUCAGCUCUCAGUAUUAUACUCAACAGGGGUGUUCAGUACACCGUCGGCACUGAAAAGAUGGUGUCUUUUAGAAUAACAUAUACCGAUGCAGAGGAAGUGCCUUACUUCUCUGAACAGCCAUGGACAAACCAACAAAUUUGUGUCCUCAUUUGUACACCAAUUAUUGUUUUAGUGUUUUAUAAAUAUUUUUGUAAAAGAAGGAGAUUAUGUAGAAUUUAAAUUUUAUUUUUAGCAGUUCCUAUUGAAAAAAAAAAAGAAAGAGUGAGUAUGUCAUUUGCCCGCAAAUUUAAGUUUUGAAUGUUAUCAAGU